AUGAAUCUGAGCGCACUUCUGACUCCAGGCAGCAGUCCGGCAUCCGGUAGCGCAUCUCAGCCGACACGCCCUCGUUCGACCCGUCUGAGGCAGAGCUCCACGCAUGAGAAUCGUCUCAGGUCAUCGUCGGGGUCGCGCUCUGCUCGCGCGGACGUCAUCAGCUCCAGCAAGAUUGCCAACCAUGAAGCUGAUCCAGAUUCUGAGCAGGCAAAGUCUCCUCUGCACAGCUCUAGCGAAGCUUCGGCAUUGAUUGCAAAAGAUACGGGCUCGGAAAGCAAUCAUGACGGCAAAUCCGCUGAUGGAGAUCAGAGCGCGAGCACCAUGGCUGGGAAUGAAGCUGCUGCUGAUGCAGUAUCCGGUCAGAAUGGAGCUGAGCAGGUUGUCGAGCACCAGCAGGAAGAUGGCAGCUCUAUCGAAGGCAGUCAGGGCAUGGAUGAAGACGAGGACGACGAGUCACAGGGUGAAAGUGGGGAGUCAGAAGAGGAAGAGGACGAAGAAGCAGAAGAAGAGGACGACGAUGACGACGACGAUGAUGACGACGAUAGCGAUGGAAGUCGAAGUAUCGAAGGUAGCAUCGACGCUGAACGUGAUGGUGGAGCUAUGUCUUCUAUGCCUUCGCAACGAGACGGUGAGCGCACCGGAGCGAACGAACAAACGACAAAGAAGCGGGCGCAUGAUCGAGAUGCCAGCAGCGGCGGUGGAUCCUUGGGGCAGUCAGGCACCAACGACGCAGCUGAGGAGCGAAAUGCUGAAGGCACUGCUAGUGCACCUCAUAGACCUGCCGUCAAGAGACGGCGCCGCUUCGACCGAACUCCGUCGCCGGGCACAAUGCUGCCACCCGCACCGCCACCCAGGCCCUCCAUGCGUCUUGCACUGAAGGCGACUCCUCUUGACCGCCCGACCGAAGAUGACAAAGACUACCUGAUCGACGUUCACGAGACGAUGCUCGAAAGUCUCAAGGAGAGCGGCGGUCUUUGGGCUGUUUAUUGGCUCGAAAAGGCAAAAGCAGGUCAAGGCCCUUCCACGGUGGCUGUGGGCGCCAACAAUGAUCCCCGACAGGCGAGUGGGAGCAGCCACGCUGCUUCGACCUCGACUUCUGCCCUAGCGCCUCCAGCUUCUGUUCCAGCGCCUCCUGGUAAUGAGGGCGUAGAUGACCUUCCACCCGAGCUCCGAGGGUUGCUGAACAGACAUCAACCAGAUGAAGCAGCAGCAGCACCAAGGCAGAGGAGGAAGCGAGUGGACGGGGAUAACAAAUACGACGUCAAGGACGACUUCGUCGAUGAUUCCGAACUGCUUUACGAUGAGCCCACUCACAGAGGCCGACCCCAAGUAGAGGGCUUUCACGUUAGUAUCGGGCCAGUGGUGCUGAUCGAAGAGCCCAAAAAAUCGACGAGAGGCUCAAGAGCAAAAGCUGUGCGCGCGGCCGGUGUCGAAGGAACAGACUCGGCCACAGAGGCAACAGGCUCCACAAAUGCGCACACGCUUGCCGCGAACUCUGCAGCUUCCGUCGCUGCAGCUGGAGUCUACUACGGAGCUGGGUCUAGCACGGGAGCAAGUGGCAGUACGACCAACAUGUCGUACUUUGCCAACCGUAUGUUUGCGAAGUAUGCUCUGGACAAGGAUCUGCUUCCUCCUUUGCCGCCCCAGAGCAGUGAUGACGCCGAGAUGAAAUCAUCGGGAAGCAGCAGCGCUAUGGGCAUGAAUAGUCUGCUGAAUGGCUCUCACGCAGCAAGAGGUCAAUCUUCUCCCGGCACACAGGCGGAUCCCAUCACUUUUGUGGAUGUGGACGGCGACGAUGAAGAUAACGAGCCAGCUCGCAAUCAUUACAAGGAGAUCCUUGACCGUAGCAACCACGUGGGUCUCACGAAAACCAACAAGAACCCCGUGGCCGCAGUUGAUCCGAGGUUCCAGGUCGCCAUCAAUCAAUUGAAGGAACAGAUUGAGGCUACAGAUUGGAGCAACAAGAGCAAGUUUCCGCCUAGCCUGAAACCAUCGCUGGUGGAGUUCGCUGGACUGGCGGUACAGCUUGGAGAGUACAACGACAAUUUCUUCCAUUGGCUUCCCAAUCUCUUCCCGUACAAUCGGUUCACCAUGCACAAACUCACCAAGCGCGAGUUCUAUCUCAAGCACAUCGAAAUGUUUGCUGAGCUGCAGUCGGAGCACAUGGACAGGCUCAAGACGCUCGUUGAAGCUGCCAUGCCAGAGCAGCAGCAAGCCUAUGAGGCUGCCCUCGCAGGCUGGCGUCAUCGAGGCUCUCCAGACCUUAUGGACUCGUCUGGCACGGACGGGCCUGACGACGCCAAUCAGGCAAGCCCUGAAGAAGGUCCGCCAGAGAAGAAGUGGCGCUGGUCAGAUCAGAUGAAAUACGAGGUGGCCAUUUGUGUCACCAUCGAUGAUGCUAUGAGCGAGCUGACGAAUGAGAAGAUUGUCAUCGAGGGGGGCGAACCCAAUUCAUCCAACAUUUCAUCCCGAAAGAUGCUUUGGGCAAGGCUUGCAGAGCUGUGGCCGGAACAAGGAUGGGCCACUUCGACCAGCAUCUCCAAAGAGUAUGCGCUUAUUAAACGCAGAUUGGAUCGCGCCACUGGAAGCGCUGUAGAGGCGUCUGGAUGA